AUGCGCUCCAGCGAGGCUCCCUUUGGGUUCCUGAUCCAGGAUGGUUAUUGGUGGUAUCUCCAGCAGCUCCUGAUCGCGUUCGUGGUUGGCAUCUUCAUCGGCGUAGGCCGCGGCCUCGUCUUGGGCGACGGUGCGCCCGACCAGGGCGCCGCAAUGCUCGGUUCCAGAAGACCGCAGCAUGACGGCAGCGUCGUCGACAGCAGCAACGCCCGGGGCUGCGGGCCUGGCGGCGGCAUCGCGCUGGCCAGCCAGGGCUUCGCCGUCGCGCCCGCCGCGCUGCACCUGCCGGCGGCCGGGGGGCCCGUGGCGGGGCGCGUGCUGAAGCACGGCCGCCGUAGGCGGCCCGCGGGAGCGCCGCCGCGGCAGCGCCGCCUGGGCACGCGGGGCCGCGCGCAGAGGCGCCGUGAGGGUUCUGCCAGCGCCCAGCGGCCUAUCCAGAGGGCCUUGGGGCGCUGGGCGGCGCCCGCGGUGGCCGCGCUUCUGGCGGCGUCCGCCUUCGCGCUGCCGGCCUGGGCCGCGGACGCGGGCGCCCCGGUGCUGGACAUCGACUGGAGCGUCGGGAGGGUGGCGAAAUUCCUCGCCGCAGGCGGAAGCUGUGCUAGCAUCAGCCAUGCCAUCGCCGUCCCGCUGGACGUCGUGAAAACCAGGCACCAGUACGACCCGGACCGCUACCUCCACGAGGUCACCGGGAAGCCGCUCGGCAUCUUCGAGACGGGAUACCGCAUAACCCGCCAGGAGGGCUCGCUUAUGCUGCUGCAGGGGCUUAGGGCCACCUCCGUCGGCUACCUGAUUCAGGGGGCGACCAAGUACACCCUGUGGGAGUUCUUCAAGGCCCUGUUCGGGCUCGGCUCGGCGGCCACGGCCGCGAGCAGGGUGGCCAUCCUGGUAGCUGCCGCGCUCCUCGCCGAGGUCAUCGCCACUGUUGUGCUGUGCCCGUUCGAGCGCGCGAGAAUAAAGCUGGUGUCGGACCCGACCUUUGCCCCGUCGACGGUCUCCGCGUUUGCCCGCCUGGAGGGCAUCGCCAGCGACUGGCGCUGGGUUGCCAGUGCCGCCGAGGAGGCAGGGCGACACGGGGACGGGGAAGGGACGUAG